AUGUUUAUCGUCAUGAAUGCCAUGUUGAAGGCUGUGAAGAACAUGGCGUGGUUUCUCUGCUCUGGAGAACACUUCACAGAGAUGUUGGAUGAGCUUUCCAAGGAUAUGCUGGGUCACCUUUUCAAUGAUCCUUUUCUUUCGGACAAAAGUGAGCUGAUGGAUGCAGAACUGUCGCCUGCUCCGCACAUUCAAGCUGAGCACAGCUACUCCCUGGCAGGUGACUCCCGACCGCAGUCUCCACUCACACAGAUCUCGACUGAAGAGGACUUUAGUGAAGACAUGGAAUGUGAAUCCUGGUCAGUGGGCUCCGAUCUAAAGCCAAUCACAUUGAAGCAUGAAGCUCUCCUUUGUGAUAGUAACUGCCUAGCUCCUUCUGUUACCUUAACAACCGCAACCACUUCUGUGGUCGAUGUCGUGCUUGAGACGUACAAGUUGGACACGGCCCCUGUGACUGAGCCAGGUCUUGAUGCACUUUCAAGUGGUGAG